AUAUAUUUAUUUCAUGAUAUCAUUUGUCAUCUAAAGCGUAUGUUUAGAUGUCAAGCACUUCUCUUUAUAUUGAUAUUAUAGAAAUUCGCUUCUUCUUUCCCGUUAAUGGUAAAAACUAUAUUCAUAAAAUAUUCUGGAUUCAAAUAUAUUUUAUUAAUAAUUCGUUUAUUGUUGUAACAUCGCCAUUAUUACUGAAAACUAAAUCAGGCUUUUUCCAGUUUAUUCGGAAUAAAACUAAACGGCGUUUGUUUGCGUUUUAAGUAGUAGUGGACAAUACUGCAAGCUUUGGUGUCGAUCCGAUACCAAGUAAAUACUGGAUCAGUGUCGCCAAUAUCGAUACCGAUACCGAUACUUUUUGACAAUUAAUGCAUUAUCAAAUAACAAUUUUAUGACUCUCAGAUGUCUUGUGUUUUGUUUUAAAUUAUAUUAUUAAUGUAAUAAAACACAGGCAAAGCUCAACAGUAAAUAUGGUUGCCGUUGUUUGAUUUUCGGCUUGAAAAUAUCACCACGCUCUUUCUUGCUUCCACCCUUCGUCUGCGUCUCUGUCCUUCAUGCUUGUCCGUUUAUUGGCCCGAGUCGAGGAGUCACCUGAAAUCUCAAAGCAGGGAGGAGGGGGGCGGGGUCUGGUGCGUGUCUGCUUCGCUCUGGCAUACGGCCGCACGCGCCACGUACACACAGGCACUUAGGGGCACAGACAGACAAGAUAAUUGGGUCGCGUCUUGUGCGGAGGAGUAAAAACUCAACCAAAGCAUCGAUAAUUCGAUCGAUAUCAAGAGUAGCGUUGGUAUCUAUAUUAGGAUAGAUCUGCUCACCCCUAAUUUUAAGUUCAGGCAGGUAUGAACUUCCUUCGACUGUCAGGCAGCACAGAGCUCGAAUCUGCAUGAUUAAUGAAAUGAGCAUCGUUACUGACGUUAUAUGCUUGUACUCUGUAAUCAGAUGCUUGUUUUUGCAAUAGACUGGAUGGAUCGAACAGCUUCAAUCUCUGCGUCGUGCACCAACAGCAAAACGGUGCUAGAUGCUGAGUAAUGUGCUUCACUGAGUAGAAGAGCCAUGGACUUUGAAUUUCUCCCUCAGCCUCAGUCACCUGCUUGUUCAACCAACAUGCACUUGUAACAGUGCAGAAAGGCUUAAAUGAACCAGUGUCCUUUAAUCAGACUGUAAACCACACUUUGCUCUUUAAAUAAACAAUUUCUAAAUUUUACCUCAGGUUUGGAGUCGUCCCUGUUUUUGGCUGCAUGGACAAGAGAAAGAACUUAAGGGGGACAUUUCUAGUCCUCUUCAUUAUCACCUUCAUCUUCAUCUUCAUCUUCCUCACCAAUGUGAGAACACCCAGGAUACUUAAUUUGAUCCCACAGCCACAUGGGCCUGAGAAACUGGACUUACCUGAAGUGUCUGACCAGACCAUCACCCCACUGGUCAAUACAAAGCACUUACUGGUGUCAGCCUUCAUGGACCAGAGGCUCACCGGCUUUGACAUACGCAUCAUUGGCAUAUUUAGGAGAGACUCCAUCCAAUCACUUUACUGCAUUUUCCUCUGUCAAAGUUCUACUUUGUCAAGCACAACCCCAGCAAACAUUUUACAACACGCAGACAACUUUGGUUUUCCCUUCACUGCUACAGAUGUGAUGUGUCAAAUUCCUCAGAGCUGCGACGCCACACACGUCACUCUCCUGACGCAGCCGGAUCAUGUGAAGGAUCUGAAGCAGAAGUGGCUCCCGAUAAGAAACAAAGUGGCGCUAAAGAAGGAGAAUGAGUUUGAGUUUGACUUCACGGUCUGUGUCUCCACCCUGUUCGGUGGAUACAACAAUGUGCUGCAGUUUGCACAGACGCUGGAGAUGUACAGGCUGCUGGGUGUGGACAGGGUGGUGAUCUACAACACCAGCUGUGGUCCAGAGCUCAACCGCCUGCUGCACAGCUACAGCCAGGAGGGCUUUGUGGAGAUGGUCCCAUGGCCGAUCGACAAGCACCUGAAGCCGUCCUGGCGCUGGAACCCCACAGAGCACGGAGGGGACCUGCACUACUUUGGCCAGCUGACCACGCUCAACGAGUGCAUCUACAGGUCCAUGGAGCGCUCACGCUACGUCCUGCUGAACGACAUCGAUGAGAUCAUCAUGCCGUACCAGCACGACAGCCUGACGAGCCUGAUGGACACGCUCCAACCACAGCAUCCCAAUACGGGGGUGUUCCUUAUUGAGAACCACAUCUUCCCCAAGAAACACUUUGAGCCAAGUCAGCGGUUUCACCUGCCUCAGUGGAGCGGCGUGCCGGGAAUUAACAUCCUGGAGCACGUCUACAGGGAGGAACCCGACAGGAGCAGAUACCACCCUUACAAGAUGAUAGUUCAGCCAAGGAUGGUGGAGCAGACGUCCGUGCACGAGAUGCUUAGGAAUUUUGGAGAACGGUUCAAGGUUCCACCGGAGGUUUGUCGGAUCAUUCACGUCCGCGUGCCUCUGCAGGGCUCAUUGACACUGGAGCAGCUGAAGGUGGACAAACGACUUUGGGAUUUCCAUGAAAGAAUGAUUCCCAAUGUGGACAACGUGCUAAGGAAAGUGGGACUGCUGAGCUCAGACCAGCAGAAGUGAUGACUGAGUGGAUCCAAAUUUAUUUAUUAUUAUUUCUUAUAAUAGAGCUAUAAUAAUAGCAUUAUAGCAUAAUAGUAAAAAAAGGUGGCUUGGUGCCUCAGUUGGUAGAACAUUGGCUUGGGAGGCAGAAGUCUCAGGUUCAAGCCCAUCAGAGUAAGACACUUAGGACUAGCUCCCGCACUGUGGCUGCCUACUGCUCAGCUCAGGGGAUGGGUAAAAGUGCAAAGGUACAUUUCCCCAAUGUGGGAUUAAUCGUCGAGUGUAGUGAGUUUUAUUGUGGUGUUACUGUUUGUAUUAUCAAGGGAAACUUGUUGGUGAACUAGGUGCUAGGUUAACUCUGUUUGAUUCCUUUGCACAUAAUGAUCAUGUGUUAUUUAUUGAGGUAAACCAAUGAAUCAAAGGGAGAUUUUUUAUUUAUAUUUAUGGGUUUUACCUUAUCAUCAUGUGACAUAUUUUGCUUUUGCUAUGUGGGCCAACAGUCUCUAACCUUUGUCUGCUGGGAACAGGGAAGUGUCGUGUUGCUCUCCAAUGUUCUGCUGCACCAACCAGUUUGGCUCAAAGGAGGAACAAAGUCAGCACACAUGAAACAAAGACACACUUCGCAAGGGAGAAAACUGUGGAUUAUUUCUUCCAUUCAGACACGAAACGAGCACAGACUAUUCCACAACCUGUAAUAACUCAUUCAACAGCAUCUCACACAACUUUAUGGAAAUAUCUCGAGGUGCAUGUGUUGUUGCUGUGCUUAAUUUCCAUCCAGAGGCGUAUGAUACAAUACUCAUUUACAUUCAUUUACGACUGCAGCAAUUUUUUAAAAUAAAAAAAGAGCAUUCUUAGUGACAAUUGGGA